GCCCGGGUGGCAUAUCGGGGAAGCUUCGGGUGAGGGUUGCUACCGCUUCGCUUCGAUGGAGGAGCAAUCGCAUCACGAUGCCUCUCAGUCCUGCGCUGCCAUGGGCGCCACUCUGGUCGUGCCUUCUUCGCAGGCGGAGUUCGACGAGUUCCGCGAUCGGACGGAAGAUGAGUCCGGAGAAGGGGGUCCUGCUUGGAUCUGGGUGUGGAUGGGAUGCGGGGAUACGGAGACAGAAGGGGUGUAUACCUGCUCCGACGGGACAGAGAUACCGGCCAAUAGCAAUUGGUGGUCAGCCUUUCAGCCCAAUAAUUUUCUGGGCAUAGAGGAUUGUAUUGUAUACUUCAGAACAACUCGAAAACUUGUUGACGUCCCUUGCCAGGAUUUCAACGCAUUUGCUCUUUGUGAAAAAUCUGCUCAACGUCUCUCUCAUUCACCAGUGCUGAAAGAAUCCAGACUUCGGAGAAAAUAUCAGCCCGGGUCGGAAUUUGAAGACUACUGUCUUGUCAAUCAUGCAAUGUACACCAUGAACGCGCGUAGUCUCGGGCGAUGCGCUGUAGCCUGCUCAGAAAAACAAGAUUGUUUCUCCCUCACCUAUCAUGGAGGCGAUGGUGGCGUCUGUGAGAUGUAUGACGUCACAGAGGCAGAAGUUCCGGCAAGUGAUUUCGUCGAACGACCCGGAUGUAUCUACUACGAAAAGAUAUAGUUUUGAUCUCUCGACACGAAGAUAGAAGUAUAUACUUGUUUGUGUAACGACGAAUGAAUAGGAAUGAAUUUUGUCAUUUAUUACAAACAAGGAAUAGAUUAUAGAGGAAGGAGUGGAGCUCU